UUUCUUAUUUGGAAAAGUCAAGCUUUAGUCUGGCUAUAUGCUGUUUUCAAGAAGAAGAAAAAACAGUCCAAUUCAUUAUACAAACAAAGGAAUACACGCUCCUUCCUUGUCGACAACCUUGUAAUAUUCCGAGAAGCUUUCCCAAAGGUAGCUUUGAACUUUUAGAUUGAAACAGCACAACUUGGUUCCGAUGCUUUUUUAGAAAAGCCACAAGUCGAUUUUCGUUGUUCUCAAAUUUGAACAUUCUAUUCUGGCGAUGGACUCCAUUUUCAUUGACGACGACACGCUCGUAAUUCAGCGACCUCUUCUCCAGCAAAAGGAAAAAAAAUAUUCUGGAAAAAAAAAAGACCUUUCUUUAUUUUUCCAGCAACAUUUUUUUUCUUGUCGAGUAUCACUGGCGCAUCAGGAGACGCAAGUGGCUCGCUGAGUUAGCGUUCCGCUCGCUAAACGCCGUUGCAUUUGCCACUGAAGCCGAUUCCGAAGCAGAUUGGCAGUGACCCCAACCCUCGCAAAGCCCCACUCUCAUUGGCUACUAUCUAUGGAGCUCUCUUACCCCAAGUCCCGCCCCUCCGCGGAGCUUGGUUCGCAACCGCGAUGUGGCGAGGACGCGUUUGCAUUCUUACGCUGUCCUGCCGCCCGGCUCUCCGCAGAGGCUGCUGCGUAUGGACCUGCCCGUGGCCGACGACAACACGGUCCACUUCAACUCCACCCUCAUGGCGCUCAUCAGGACGGCGCUGGAUAUCAAGAUCGCCAAGGGUGGUGCAGACAAGCAGCAAAUGGAUGCCGAGCUGCGUAAAGAGAUGAUGGCCAUUUGGCCCAACCUGUCGCAGAAAACGUUGGACCUGCUCGUCACGCCCCACAAGGCAGCCACAGACUUGACGGUGGGCAAAAUCUACGCUGCCAUGAUGAUCAUGGAAUACUACCGGCAGAGCAAGAGCAAAAAGCUGCAGGCCAUGCGGGAGGAACAGAACCAACCACCGUUAAUGUUUGAGCGAAUGGAACCGCCGCCAGAGAACGACGCCGCCACGGAUGGGCUCGGAGGGCCCGGACUCGACAGCCUCCCUGCUACUCAGCCCGACAACGUCAACAGCCUACCGUCGGAAGGCGGCGGCGCCAUGACCGAGAGCCAGUCGUGGAUGACCACCAAAGCCCAGGAGAUGUUCCAAAAGACGGGCAACUGGAGCCCCGACCGGCCGUACCCUGAUGACCUCCACCCUACCCGCCACAACCCGCAGACGGUAGAGAUGCGGGAGAUGGGGCGGGACGGGUACUCGGACACCGAGCCCUGUCACCCAGUGGAUGGGCACGGGCGCACCCUCUCCAUGCCCCGCCUCUCAGCAGACAACCAAACCAUCGCAGACACCCGUCCCAUGCAACGCUCCACCUCCAGCCUGGUUCACGGACGCUCGGGCCGAGGUGUCCGGCUGGAUGACUACUCCCUGGAGAGGGUGGUGUCUGAGGAGGCCCGUCACGGCGGCGGGGGGCGCCGACACAGGGACCGAAGUCAUCGGACCUCGCAGCGAUCCCUCACCAGAUACACAGACGCAGACACUGGCCUUGGCACAGACCUGAGCACCACCACGCAAUCAGGCGACCUGCCUCCCAAGGAGCGGGACCGGGGCAGGACCAAGGACCGGCGCCAUCAUCACCACCACCACCACCACCAUCACCACGGUUCCGUGGACAAAGAGCGCUACGAUCGACACGACCUAGCCCACCGACACUCCCGCGAAAGACACUGGUCACGCUCACCCAGCGAGGGUCCGGACGGACGGUGCCACAGACAGGGCAGUAGUUCGGUGAGCGGCAGCCCCGUCCCCUCGACUUCGGGGACCAGCACGCCGCGGAAAGGCCGUCGUCAGCUGCCCCAGACGCCGGCCGUCCCUCGUCCUCACGUCACCUACUCCCCCGCUGUCCGCAAGCCGGGCUACGGCCCCCCGGGGCCGGGCCGCCUGCGCUCGCCUUCUCCGCGACCUUUCUCCCCGCCAGACCACGACAGGGGCUACCACCACCGGCCACCGUCCCGGCAAGCUUCUCCCCACCACGGGGGCUCCUCGUCCAGGCACGGGUCGCCCCGCUCCCCCAGGCACGGGUCGCCCCGCUCACCCAUUCACGGUUCGCCGUGCUCCCCGCACCGAGCCCGCUGGAGCGGACCUCCGCUGGGGGAGACUCUGGAAGGGGGCGGGCCCUUCUACGAGCGCGACUACGAGUACGAGCGUCACCACGAGCCCCCCGCCUACGAACAGAGCCUUUCCCACACAAACCCGCACACGAGCAAUCCGCACCCCCGCUCGCCCAGGACUGCCCGCCACGGGCCCCCUCCACCGCCCCCUCACCCGCAUCCCCGCCGGGUGCCUAAUGGCUACCGAUCGUCUUCACCUUCUCCGCAUCGAAGAGGGCCGCACGGGGCACCUCACCCUCACCACCGACCCCCUCAUGCCCGCGGACCUCGCAAAAGCCUGCAUGAACCUUACAGCGAGACAGAUGAGGACGACUGGUGCUAGUAACCGGAUUCGGACGGAAACGCUAGGAGGAGAACAGCCUCCUCCAGGGUUCUGGCCUUGCAUAAGUAGACUUGAUGGGGUGGGGUGGAGGCUCUGGACAUCCUCCUGAGGAGUUUGCCCUCAGUCCCUGCUCUUUGACUCAGAGUGCGGGGCAGGGACCACGGUGCUUCAAGUCGACUGACAAACGGCCAAAAGGGCCUAGGCCACCAGGACUACGCUCCCCAGAAUCCUUUGCUGGGAAGCCGAACUGCCGGCGGAAAUAUCUUGGAGCAUGUGCUUCGAAUGAAGGGUCCCUGACUAACGGUCAGGAUUGAUGAGGCCGAAACUGCUCGUCGCGAUUGGCUGAUCCUCCUUCUUCUUCUUCUUCUUCAGGUGACUCGUUGGCCGGUCUGCUUUUGGCAACUUUCCGAGCGGGCUCUGCUGCUUCCGCUCACGUUUUUGAAAGGACAUGAGUUCCCAUAAAGCCAGGCCCUUUCCCCUCUCCGCAACCAGACCCUUACAUGAGAAGCUUUGCCUCCAGGAAAACAAACAAACAAACAAAAAAAAAAAAACACACAGUGAAGAACAAAA